AAAUAUACGCAAGUUCUCUGUUUUGUAACGAGAGCUGUGAUUGGUCCGACUGUAAGGUCAAACACGUUGACGUUGAAAACUGAUUAACUUAAAUACUCGCAUUAUUGUUUUACUCACAACAUUCCAAGAUUUGCACGCGGAGAAAAUGAAUUGGUUAAUGUUUACGUUGAUCUUACUCGCCGCAGCAGCCGUCGAGGGUCAGCCUAGUCGUAAGAAGUGUAAUCUUCAACUCAGAAAUGACCAAUAUUCCCCAUUCUUCUGGUCAGGCUAUAAAAAUAUUUGUACAAAAUCUUUAUGUGAAGCAUAUCCCUGGAUGCCGUGCGAUAUAGCAAGAGAGACCAUAAUUGACGCAGCAACUGCUCACGGGGCUAUGGAAGAGAUUAGGGAUAUUGAGAGAUACUUUAAUUUGAAACCAAAGCCGGACAAUACAUUACCGUAUCACUGUAAAGGAGCCUGUUACGACAACGCUAGAUCACUGCAGUUGGAGCGAAUCUUUUUUGACAAGUUAAUGUAUAACGAGGAUACGUAUCAAAUGCAGAGCCGCUGGAUGUGUUUAGUGAUUGGUCCAAACAUUUACUAUCAGCAGUGCGGGGGCAAAUGCAGAAUGCCAUAUGGAGGAAAUACGGGUGACAGUUUCUGCGUGCCGGAUGUUAUAACCACAAUAGACCUCUGGAUUUACUGUCCAAAUGCGACACAAAGUUGCCAUAAAAUCAAAUUUGACGUGCCGCUGUCAUGCACGUGCACAAAGUUCAGAUGCAAACAAGACCUUCCCCCUGCAAUAGAAUUUACGCCCGAAUUGCCACCUAAGCCAGUAGUUGAUCCAUUGAGUGACCCUUGGAACACUGUGGAUGUAGGACCCUUUGGGCCCGAAAUCCCUGUAGAAUUACCGCCUGGUAUGCCAUUGUCGCCUGGUGUUCCAUUAGGUACGGCGACGGGCAAGUAGUGGAAUAUCUAUAGAAUUUUUAAACCUUACGUAUUUUUUAGAAUAUUGUAUUUCUAAAAAUAGCUCUCUUGGGAGAUGAACUAUUGAGUUAACAUAUCUUGUAACUGACCAUUGAAAAAUAAUGAAUUUUAAAAAUAUAUCACAAGAUUUAGAAAUUGUUAAAAUCCAACAUUUAACCAAGCUUGUCACUUUUAGCUAUUAAUUAUUAUUCAUUUUAAGGUCAUAUCUAUUUAUCAAAUGCUAAUAACACGAGUUCAUUGACGUCACGGACUAUAUUUACAUAUAUUACGGAACACACUCGAUAAACAUUUGCAUUAACUGAGUUUUUGAAUUUCAAUCAGAUGUCUCUAUGGUAAUUGUUUUCUUGUCUAUAACUGAGUCUUUUCUGAUACAAGUAAAAUCCGUACUUUUGUUACACGACAUCAACUCUUGUAUAUAAUUGUAUAGUUUGUUACCUGUAAAUUCUUCUAUAUAACUUGUUACGUGUAAUUCAGUUACAGUUGAUACAUUCAUACUAUUGUAAAUUAUGUGAAUUUGUACGUGUUAGUAGUCAUAAAAAUCUUUUUGUUGUUUGCUGUUAAAUGUACUUUAUGAAUUAUGUGAUGUUGAACGUAUCGAAUGGUAAUGUUUAUUUGAACAAUAUUAAUUGAAACAUGUUAUGUAUAUAGAGAAAAUAUGUGUACAUGUAAAUAUAAAAUAAGACUGUGCCAAUUUGUUUCCGAUAUCAAAGCAUAUGAUGCCGAUGUAAAUAUUUCGUAUAUAAUUUGUAAGUGCAAUACUUUGACUGAAAUAAAUCUUGUAAAAAUUA